AUGGCAAUAGCAGCAUGUGGCGGUCUUAGUACAAUUGAAUGCUUGAAUCUCAGUGCCUUUUCAUUUGCACAAAGUUUCGAAAAAUUGAACCCUCUUACGCAUACGGAUAGAGGUUGUGUAAGGAGCAUUUCUGUUCGCGUAAGCGUAAACACAGAAAAAGUGGAGUAUGAUGUUUCUCCAUGGUGUGGAAUGGAGGAUGAGCAACUGAAAUAUAAGCAGAGUAUGGAUCAGCUCAUUCCGGUGCUCUACGAUAUUCUGGGUUAUCUAUCUGGUGGAUUUCAUAUCGAGCUUACGUUGUCAUUCGUGUCUACAAAAUCUUUGCCCUUUGUCAUCUAA